GCUGGGGGGGACACAGGGCAGGCAGUGAGCAACCUGCCUUCCCCUGGGGCUCUUUCUCUGAGCUGCGGGUGACAGCAGAGUCCUCACCCUCGGGCUUAUCAGCCCUCCUGCCCCCCAGGCCUCAGGCAGAGCACCACAGGGAAGGUGCCGGUGGGUGCUGAUAGGCAGGCGUGGUAGUCCCCUGGCUCACGCCCUGAGCUCUCCACCCGUGACGCAGGACCUGCGAUGGGGAGGCCCCCAACCCCCGAGACAGGCAGCAGCCAAGACCAGGGGCUCCAAGUCCCACGGGAGGUCGGUGACGAGCCCCACCGCUCGUGGGCCACCGUGGGGAGUGCCACCAGCCCGUGGCAUCGCCUUCCCCGUGGAGGCUUCCCCACAGGAGGCCUGCAGGGAAGAGCUGGCCCGUCUGCUGGCUGAGCUCCCUGGGCACCGGCGCCUCCGACUCAGGAUUUCCGGGGCAGGUGAGAAAGGAGGGCAGGGCGAGGGCGGAACCCGGCCGCCCGCCUACGUCUGCGGCGGCCUAGCCCCCAUGUUCCAGGAAGCGUCGCGGAGACGUCUCUGCCAGGCCCCUGGCAGUGCUGCCUGAUGCCGGGGCUGGCUGUGGGGUGAGCGCGGGGACUCUCCGGCUGCCAUCGCCCCAGGGGGCAGGGGGCAGGGGGCAGGGUGCAGGGGGCCGGGUGGUGCCGGGUGCCCGCGCUCUCAGCCAGAGGAGCUGACGGAAGCAGGUCAACCCCGGGACGGGCUCCACGGUGAGGGCAGUUGCUCGCCAGGGUGGGGCUCCCACCGGGACCGGCCAAGCAGCCCAAGUGUGUGAAAACUCACUCCCCCAGAACCGCUGGAGCCGGUUCCAGAACCAACGAACGGAUCUGGCUCCAGGGAGACCCUAAGGCCCUUCGGAGUUCCUGGGGGGACAGGCACCUACUGGGGUGCCGGCGCUCCCAGGACAGGAGCCCAGGCCGGGAAGCAGCGUGUCCCGCCUCAGCUCCGACGUUUACGUGCCUUCUCUGCGCACCAAACAAAACGCGAGCACCUGUCUGUUCGGGGGCAGCUCAGGUCACACCUGCCUGAGAGAGCGCGUGCCUCCCCGGGGAACCGUGGAGGGCGGACGGGACCCCGAGCAUGCAGCGGACAGGGGCGCUCAGCACCACUCAGCCGUGCCGCUGGCAAGGCACACGCUCUGCUCUGAACCGCUCUCCCUCCGCUGCUGAGGACCGAGCUCCCCACUCCUGCCCCACAAGCCUCCCCAAGGUCAGGCCUCCGAGAGCCCUACUCUACAUCGCCAUCGAUCUGGGAAACCGAACUCAAACCCACGGCAGCCCCAGCGAAAUAUAUCGGGGAUGGCCGGUCUCGCCAGGGGCUGAGGUGGACACUCGGCCUGGGGUAGCGGGAACCGUGGCCCAGAACGGCAACCGUGUCUGGCAAACGGACGGUCAGCUGUACCCCGGUUACCCCUGUCAGCUUGGGGCCCCCUGGGGGCCCAUCAGGUCAAUUAAGGCCUGGCCCCAACCUGCAGGGUGGACAUGGGGAGGGGGCAGGGCCUCAGGGUGUCCGUCCCCAGGGCACGUCUGCUUCCCGAGGCGAGGUGGGCUCCACCUGACACGUAAGCUGCCUGUUCUAGAAAGCAAGGGUGUCGCUGCGCGUUAACGAUAAAGAACCCCGAUACAGGGAACAGGGAGGGCUGCGGGGCUGAUCUCACCGCGAGGGCCGCCCUCCUCUCCCUCUCCUCGGGGGCCUGGACUCCCCCUGCCUCGCUCCAGUCUGUGCACGGCCACAUCCGAGGAGGAAGCGACUCGGGUUUUUGUGAGCAACACGACCGGCCCAAGCUGCCGGGUCUACCCGGGCGGGGCUAGAGGCGUGCGUGGCGGGCCCGCCCUCGGUGCUCCCGCAGAGCCUGCCCGCAGGUCUGACCCGAGGCGGCCCCCGGGCUGACGUACAUGUCGUAGUUCUGGUCCUCUGUCUCCUGCUGCACCGACAGUUCCUCCAGCGUGGCGUCCACGUCCAGCUGGUUCGUCUCCAGCUGCCGGAGCAGCGUCUCUCUCUACGGGGGAAGCAGACCCCUUCAGCCUCAUGUCCUGCUCGGCCAGCCCUCGAGGAAUUAAGCAGCAGCUGAGCACGGGGCAUGGCGCCCAAGGUCUCGUCCGACACCCAGGCGGUUCGCGGUGGCUCCGAGGACGAGGUCAUUGAUGUUAGCACCCCCCCCCCCCGCCCCCGCAGACGGCGCCCCGCCCACACGCGGCCCCAGAGGUCCAGGCGGCCCCGACGUGCGAACGCGGCUGUGGGGCCGGAGCUCAGCGCCUCAGCGCCUCCGCGCAUCAGCCGCACGACCUUCUGCCGCUUGCUCCAGCGACACGACACGCGGUGUGGCCCGCCAGGGCCCUGGUUUCCUUCCAAAGACAGAAGGACAGGAGAGGAAAGACCACCACCUCCCCGGGCAAGCCGCCUUUCUGGACAAAGAAUGGAAACCACUGUGGCUGCAGAGGGGCCGCGGGCCAGCAUCCCAGGGACAAGAUGUCACGAGUCCUGCCGCGAUGUGCCCAGAAGGGCAGUCGCCUCUGCGGGCUUCUCCCUGAAAGCCCAGAGCCUCGACCCUGAACGGGGCUCAUGGCGCUCGCACAGCCCAGAGCAGGCUCAGGACGACAUGGGAGGUGGGGCCGGGCCUGAGCGGGACACCUCGGGGGGCAGCGUGUGGCAGUCGGCGGACCCUCGCUGCUUGUGGUUUGGAGAGAGGUACCGAAGAAGCUGAGCGGGCGGUGUGAGAGCCCUCUGCACCGUCCCUGUCCCUUCUGUGUGAACCUGACAUUGCUCCAGAGUAAAACGUUUAUUAAGAAAACAGGGGGACAUCUGGGUGCCUCA